AUGGCGCUUGAGUCGCUGCUCGGCAGCGGGCUUUCAUGGUUAUCCUGGUGGGACGGACGCCUCACCGCCGCGACCGCGAUUGUGUUGCUGCCGCUCGUUCUCACAUACGCCCUCACAUACCUCAAGGCCAGCUGGAUUCGAAAUGCCGGCAACAAAUCCGCUGAGCCCCCGCAGGUGCCCUAUGCCGUGCCCAUCGUGGGCAAUACGCUCCAGUUCGCCUACGACACUGAAGGGUUUCUGACCCGGACGCUGAGACGCUUCAAAGACGUGCCCUUCACCCUCAAGGUCGGGCUGGAGAAGAUGUACUACAUCCCCUACGGAGAGCCGGUGCAGGCCAUGUUCAAGCACCGCGACUUGUCGUCCAAGCCCAUCAUCAUAGUCGCCAUGCGCGACCAGUUUGGCAUGCCGCCCGAGGACCUUGCCAUCUUUGAGCGCGACGGCUCCGGCGGCAACCCGAAGCCGCUCCCGGGCUGGGAGCACAUGCCCCCCGAACACCGCAUCUUCCACAACCAGCACCGCGACCUCCACAACUUUCUGAACGGGGCUUCGCUAGACGGCAUGACCACGCGCUUCAUCGCCACCUACACGGCCCGGCUGCGUACGACGCCGCUGGUCGGGGACGAGUGGACCGAGCUGCCGGACCUGUUCGGCUUCCUGCGCAACGAGAUGUUCCACGCCGCCUGCACCGCGUUGGUCGGCGAGCGCAUCUUUGAGCUGUGCCCAGACUUUGCCGCCCAGUUCUGGGACUUUGACCGCCACGCCAUUACCUACUUGCGCCGGACGCCGCGCUGGAUGGCGCCCCAAGCCUACGCCAUCCGCGACAAGGUGCUGGCAUCGGUCAAGCGGUGGCGUGCAUAUGCCAGGGAGCAGGUUGACCCAGCGGACCCGGCUCUCGCCGAUGUCGAAUAUGAGCCCGUCUGGGGCGCCCGUCUCCUGCGCGCGCGCGCUCGCAUGUUUGACGAUGCCGGCGCGUCGCCCGACGGCGCCGCCAGCAUGGACCUUGGGCUGCUCUGGGCCGCCAACGCCAACGUGAUCCCGGCAACGGGCUGGGCACUGCUCAACGUGUUGCUGGACCGGGACCUCACGGAGCGGGCGCUGGCCGAGGUGCGCGAGUGUUAUAACAAGGAGACAGGCGCGUUCGACGUGCCGGCGCUGUGUAGCCGGCCGCUCCUGAACGGCAUCUACCUCGAGUCGCUGCGGUACAGCGUCGCCACCACGUCGGCCCGCAACCCCGUCACGCCCGACUUUGAGCUGCUCGGCGGGUGGAAGGUGCCGCGCGACGCGCUGAUGCUGUCCAUCAGCUGGUUUGGGGCGCGCGACCGGGACUUUUGGAACACGGGCCGCGUCCUUCCCAACGGCAAGCCCGAGCACCCCGUCGACAGUUUCUGGGCGGAGCGCUUCCUCGAGUACCCGGACGAUCUGGCCAGCGGGCCGGUGCGCAAGCCCGACGAGGCCAUCUACCGUUCGUCGGCGUCGCAAAAGCCGGCGUCGCAAAAGCCGGCGCAGCAGCGGAAAACGCCGCAGGACGACAAGCGGGCAAAGAUUGUCAACCACACGGCCGCCUUGCAAGGGUAUUUCUUCCCUUACGGCGGAGGGCCCCGGAUCUGUCCUGGGCGGCACUUUGCCAAGCAGGAGAUGAUGGCCGCUGUGGCCGUCAUACUGCGCGAGUUUGAGAUUGAGCUGACGGAUCCCGUCUCGACUCGCAACGCCAAACCGGACUUGAGCUCCUUCCCAACGGGUGCCACGACGCCGGACAGGAAGAUCCCCGUUAGGAUAAGGAGGAGGCAGGUCAAUCGCCCAUGGUGA